UAUGAAUAGUGCUCGUUAAAAUUCACACAAAGUAUAAAAUAAACGUCUUAAUCCGGGUUUGAGAGGUCAUGCGCAGACUUGAUUUCCUCGGUUGCUAGGAGACAAAGAACAUUAAAGGAUUACUCCUUGUGUUUUCCGUCAGUGUGUUUUAGCAGCUUGUCCCUGAGGGAGUUCAGGUUCGGGCCCGGUUUGACUGCGCGUUGUUGUCCCAACUCAAGUUCUGGAAUUCUGCCGAGGAGGAACUCUCACGGGGGCGGGGCUAACCGGGGACUUCAGAGCGCUGGAGCCGCUCGGGACUCCUUUAAUUUAAAGAGUGCGUGGGCUUGAGAAGGCGCUUGGCGUGAGAGCGACCUCAGACUCGCGCCGCGCGUGGAGGCGCGCGCGCGCGCCCAAACGUCAGGAGGAUGGCCACACCUGAGCGCACAGGUACAGGAAACGAUGAGGUUCCGCGUUCUCACACCGCGGAGGGGAAGCCAGAAGAGCACGCGCGCGAAAGAAGGGAGCAAAGCUCACGCGCCAUGGGGAACCGAGACAGCAGAGUAAGUGUUGAGGGUGCGGGAGGGGGGGAGGCUGAAAUCCCCACGAUUAAAGUCUCCCCCGAGGAUGGAGCUGUCUGCACCUUACCUGAGGUAGAUGGAACUAAGGCUGAAGUUCCUCAUACCAGAAGUGAAACCCAGAUUCCCACUGAACUCACAGAAACCGGUACCAAAACUGGGACCCAAUUGGUCCCCACUAGUCUGGCAGUCCUGGAUGCAGCGUGGCAGCUGGAGGACUCAGACGAAGGGCGGAGCCAGACUGGCAGCGAGGAUGGCAGCUCUCUGCGGUGCAGCCGCAAACGCUUCUUGCAGGUGAUGAAGGACAGCUCCCUCCAGGUGCGCCGCAGCCUGAAUUCGCUGCCCCCCAGGGGUGACUCCGACUCUUUGGGGGAAGACGAGAGGACGCCGGCGGCUUUGGACCCCCUGGAGCACGAGUGGAUGAUGUACUCCUCUGAUGGGGAGUGGGACAGCCUGAGCCGGCUGCUUGACGUGGAUCCUAACCUCCUCCAGAGGAAGGACUUCGUCACCGGUUUCACCUGCCUGCACUGGGCCGCCAAGCACGGCAAGUCGGAACUGUUGGUCCAGAUCCUGACCGCGGCUGAGCGGCAUCACGUCGAUGCCAGCGUGAAUGGGCGCACAAGUGCAGGCUACACCCCACUUCACUUGGCCGCCAUGCAGGGACACCUGGACGUGCUGAAGCUCCUGGUGGGGGCCUACAAUGCCGACGUGAACCUGAGGGACUACAGCGGCCGGAAGGCCUGCCACUACCUUAACAAGAGCAUAGGAGGAGACAUUCAAGACAUCAUUGCAGAUGUCGAGGCCCCCGAUGCCCCAACGGAAGAGAAAAAGGCCCUGGCUAGGUCUCACAGCAGCUUUAUGGACAAGGGGCCCAAACCCAGGGGGUCGGUCUUGCUUAGGAGGAGGUCGUCGUUCAGCAGCAUGGGACCCAAACUGCAGAGGCUCCGUGCACGAGCGUCUCACCUCGUCCACAGAGCCUCAUUUAGAGAGCCGGGAGGGUCCAGAGGGGCCCCCUCAGGUCCAGACCCACUUCUAUAGCUGAGAUUUAUGAAGAUUUGUGAUUGAGGAUUAUGCAAUCUGACACAAAUUUGCCUGCCGACAGACAGACAGACAGGACCCAACCUCCGUUGUGGUUCUGAUGACUUCACGCAUCUACUCGCGUAGUUCCUUCAGAUUCCUGUAGGGGCAGACGGCACACACACAUGGUGGCGUUUUGUAAAUGCUUGUACAUUCUUUGCAACACCUGAAAAACACCCUACCGCUCCCAGCAGGCUGCAACGUGUCAACCCCGCCCUCGAAGAUUUGCUGGAAGUGUUGAGAAAGACAGGAAAAGAUGAUGCAUUUCCACAUAAAAUCAUGAUCUUUACCAUGACGGACCUGCGUCAUUGCUAAUUCUGCAGUGAUUCAGAUAUGUUUAAUGCAGUUUCAAUGUGAAUUUUAUUUUUCUUCAAUAAAUAUUUGAAAUUUUU